CACGCCGUAAAUUCAAUUCACAACGGAUGCAGGUUCAUGUUGGGUAAUUCACAGCGAACAUUACAUAUAAUAUUUUGCCCAGUCAGUUGUUUGAUUGGCUUUGUUCCACCUUGGACGAAACUUGCUCUCAUUCGAAAGUAGCACAUUUCUACCGACUUUUUGCCGAACGUGGCAACGGUGUUCAACGGCAAGUGGUGGACUGGUGGAUGCGUACACAGAAUUUACAAACAUCUGGUGUUUGUUGUUGUGCACAGUGAAUUUGUUGCGAGUAUUCAAAAGUGUUUUCAGGUUGUUUUAGCGGCAAUUAUAGCAUUGUUAUCAUUGAUAGACAAUUUUCAAAGACAAUGGGACGUCGGAACUGCAUUCUUUGUGGCGUUAGCAGUGAAAAAACUGAGGCAACCUUCCACAGGUUUCCUAGUGAUAAGAAAAAACAAGAAGAAUGGUGCACUAUCCUCAAUAUUGAUAUAAAUGAUUUACCACUUCAUGCCUUUAUUUGCGCAAAUCAUUUUCACAAAAGUGAUUUAAUAGAUGGCAAAAGAACUCAACUAAAGCAUUCAGCAGUUCCAUCAGUAGAGCCUUUGAGGCAAACAGUUGAUUCCAGUGAUGAGAAGAAUGAAAUCAAUCUUGCCCAUUAAAUUGCCCUAAGCCAUUCAAAUAGCGAACAACUGGAAAGCAGGGAUCUACCUAGGUAUGAAAUUAAAUAAUCUCCAAAGUAUCUAGAAGUUUGACUAUGUUUUACAGAGAACAAAUAAAGUCACCAGAAGUAGCAACAGAAAUGGUAUGUGAAUACAGUUUUCCUGAACAAGAUCGAACAACAGAUAGUAGCACCCUAUCAGCUUCGCUGUCAGGCACCCAGUCAUUAUCUGAAUCCGCUACAUUAAGUGGUUCACAAUCAGGUACUGGAAGUAUCCCAGUGACACCACAGUCCCGUACCCAUGUCUCAGAAUUAGAUAUGAUGAUUUUAAACACAUUCAUAGAAGCAAAAGGUGACAAUGAGGAAGAUAACCUCAAAGAAAAUGAUAGUGAUGGUGAACCUCCACGGAAAAGGUAUUAAGCUUUUAUUUUGAUUCUUCAAGUAUAGUCUGGUGGUAAUUAAACCUGAAGUAAAGAUUUGAUAAAAGGUGACGUUUAUGUAAAUUUGGCAUUUGCUUUAUAGUAGCAUUUAAGCUUUGAAUGUUUCAGAAUGAAAACAAAACCUAUUCGAUACUUCGGCGAUAUACGUUAUACUGAUUUGGAAAACCCACUUAAAAGGCCAAUUUGCUGGAAAGUCAUUCAAAACACGUAUAAGAAAGAAAGACAAUUGACUGUUUACGAGCCAAAACAAGAAGACAAGCAAACAAAAUUUGGUCUCUUCAAGCAUUGACAAACCAUUUGAAGCGAAUAAAUAUGAUAUCGAAGAAUGCUCAACACAUGCUUGAUGGCUCCAUUGCAGAAGAAAUUUUCAACAAUUUUCAAAGAGGCCGAAAAAAAGAAAAAUAUAGUGCAGAACUGCGUCGCUAAAUGGCUAAAAUGACUAUCAGAGUCUACAGAGUACGCUAAAUCCCCAAGUAUACCGUUAUGUAUAAAACGAUUUAUAAUCCAACUUAAGCUCCACAAUAAAUGUAGUCUCAAAAUCUUCCUAAACAAUAUUUCAUACAGGGUUGACCAAACAGACUAUUGUACAAUAUGUAAUACUCGAAAGACCGAAUCUUUAGGCCAUCUCCUCCUGGAAUGUCCAUUAUAGAAUCCAUUGAGAGACCAUAUUCUGUCAGAUCGUUUGAACCAAAUCUGUGUCUUUGCUUGCCUAAAUAAAACGAAUGAGUUGAAUUUAUGAUACAAACUUUUUAAAUACUUUAGGGAACUAUUUAAGCUAAUAUCUUUCUUAAGGAAUGAAUAGUUUUUUGUGCCUUCAAUAUCAAGACAGAAUAUUUAAAUUGAUGCGUCAAUUAUUUAUUCUUUUUCUGUUUGUUUAUAUAUUUUUUUAUAUACAACUUUUGAUCAUGGUUACUAUUUUUUUUGUAUUCAUACUCUGGACAGGAAAUUUUCUACUCAAUUCUUAUUAUUUACA